UGAAAACAUGGCGCUGACUUUGACUGAAGAAAUUAUUCGAGAUCGAGUCAAUUUAACUCAUGAAAACCUUGAGGAUGUUAAAGCCUUGUCGUUACCAGGAACAUAUCAUGAGAAAUUUGUGUCCCUCGGAAAAUCAUUACGUAAAUUUUCUCGUCUUAAAGAUCUUGAUUUGUCAAGAAAUAACCUAGAAUCGUUAAAGGGAAUGGAGAAUUUGAAAUUUUUGGAGACAUUAAAUCUAUAUUAUAACAGUAUUAGUACAAUGGAAGAACUGAAGCGAUUAAAGUUUAAUGCUAAUCUGAAGGAUAUAGAUUUACGUUUAAAUCCUGUCACUAGAAACGAACCUGAUUAUCGAUUGUAUUUAAUCCAUAUGUUACCAAAUCUUCAAAAACUAGAUGAUCGUGGUGUAAGAGAUAGAGAACGUCAGGCAGCUUUAACUCACUUUAGUACAGGUCAAGCUACAGAAAUGACAUACCAUCCAUCUAAUGAUGAACCUCAAGAACGACAACCAUUACCACGAGUUGUAGCAAUAAACAAACUUGCCAAGGGGUCUACUGUAUUAGAUGAUGAUGAUGUAGCGGUUAUUGAUCUUGUAUCACGCAAUGAUGGAGAUUUAAGUAAACCUCGCCCUAUAACAGGUUCUGGAAAUCAAGAAACUAAAAUAGUGGAUUAUUCUCUUCCUUCUUUAACUAAACUUGCUGAUAAAGAUAAUGAUAGAUUAGAUGUAUUAGAUCGAGACAUGAGACCGUCCACAAAAUCGAAUCCAAAUGAACCUGAGGCAAUGAUCCGAUUGCGUCAGAAAUAUCCUAAUAUUCCUCCGUCUGUUUUAUUAGAUUCUCCUGAAGACAAUAAACCACUAUCAAGACAAGAUGGUUUAACAAAGUUUGAUGAUGAAGAGGAUGCUUAUACUAAGUUUAAAAGUCAUGGCUACUUUACAGCCAAUCCUAAUACAGCCUCUAAGAAUCAAACAGAAUUAAGGAAUCCUGAAAUGGACUGUGGCAAUGAUGCUGAAAUUUACCCAGAAUUUCGAGAACUACCUAAAUGGUCAGCUCCCGUCAAUAAUCAGGAAGGUCAUGUUGUCAAUGGAGAUAGGACCAGACAUCGUCGGACAAAUAGUCAUCCUUCUAAAAAUAAUGAGAUUGAACAAACAUUAGAAGAACUUGGAAUACCCAAACAUUUUAAUGGGGAGUCUCAAUCUCAGGUACCAGAAAAAGAAGAAUCAGUUAAAGUAAACUUAGAGAAUAACCAGCUUGUUAAAGGUUUUCUCUUUAAACUCUUGGAUAUGGUGGAUCGUUAUUGGAAUGGAUCCAGAUCUUUACACAAACAUGCUAAAUUCAAAGAACAAGCAUUACCCUUGGUAGAGAAAUAUUUAGGCAGUGCCAAGGUUGAUCAAAAUAUACCAGAAACCACACAAAAACAAAUGGCACAGUUAAAAGAAGAAAAUAGGUUACUUAGAUUACAAAAUGCUGAUCAGAAACAAUUAAAAAGUUUAUCUUCUGGAGGGGAGACUGAACUUUGGGAACGUUUACAUUUUUCGCAGAAAAAAUUGGAUGAAAUGCAGGAUCAAAUUAUCACAUUCUCAAAUGAGAAUAAUUUAUUAAAAAAACAAUUAAAUAAGUAUGAACAAAAUGGUUAUAAUGGUAGUGGAGGAUCAUCACGAGUUUCAUCAAAUCAAAUAGAAGACUUUCAAAGACAGAAUGAAGCUUUAACGAAUGAAGUGGAGGGUUUACGAGUCCGAUUAAAACAAUAUGCCCAGUUACAAGAUUUGUCUAAUAUGUUACAAGAAAGUCAUACUUCCCUGGUUCAAACAAAUGAACAUUUACUAAAAGAACUGGAAGAAGAACAGCAUAGACAUCGACAUGAAGUGGAACAACUACACUGGAGUUAUGAUCAACUUAAAAAAUCCAUUAACUAUUCUAGAGAUCAAUCUGGAUUAAGACUUGAAGAACAUGCCUGAUUUAUAGGAAUAUAAACUACUUUUAGACUGGAAAAUUGUCUAAAGGUCCGGCUUCCAUGUAUGGGAUUUUUUUGUAUUUCCAUGUGUACAGAAAAAUCACUGAAAAGAUUGGGGAUCCCACGUAAAUGGUAAAUGACGUCAUAAGAGAGGAUUUCUCUGUAUAACAUGGAGCCCCCAAUAUUGUUUACUUUCAGUAGCUGCCUUUUUAUAAUGACCUAAAUAUCUGCUAUUUGCAAGCUGAAUUUGCAGCAACAAGAGCCGUUGAUUGACUUAAUUGAAGAGAACCUGUGUUUAUAUGCCAGAAAGUAAACACUCGGUAGGGCACACACAUGCACACUUCACACGAGAAAAAAAACGCUGCAGAAAAGUCACUCAUCGCGCAACUUUUUUUCUUUUCCCACUGAAACGCUUACAUGGAAACGGUGGCAUUACAUUUGAAUUAGAUUGAUAUUUUCGCCGGCGGAAACACCUAACCUAUUGAUGCAUCUGUUAUGAAGAAAAUAUUCAAAGAAAUGCAGAAUAGCAUGAAAUAUUUGUACAGGCUAUUUUGUGAAUAUUUUGAAAGAUUAGGUGAUAUUUUCCAAUAUAGAAAAAUAUUAAGUGAUAUUUUCUGGCACUAGUCUGAGAAUGUGGUGUAAAAUAUAAUCGGGUUUGUCUUUGAAAUUUCUAACUUAAAUAUUUAACUAUUAUUAUUUAUUCCGUCCAAACACAGAAGAUACAUGUCUGUAAUUGUAUUGUAAUCUCUUUUUUUAUUGUCAUAAAUUAAAAAUUAUUUAUGAAAAAUAUUUAUAAACAAUGUUUAGCCAUAAUAUACAUUGAAAACAUUGUAAUUGUUCAUUCACAAUUUAACAUUAGUAAACUGAUGACAAUAAAGCGGUGGACACAUUAGCUGAAUCAUUCCGCCGAAUGGGUGGACACACUAGGCGAAUCCUUUGCCCGAUUCAUCAGACGAUUGUAUCACCUUUCACGUCACAUGAUUAAACAUGGUGGUGACCAUGUCUUUAAACAAUCACAUGACUUCUCGAUAUGAUUGGA